AUGGAUUCUACGGACAAGACAUUCCCCGCUGUCAAGGAAGGCAACGUUCCUUACGAUGGAAAGCCGAUCCUCUAUGUCGUCAAAGCCGAGGAGCUUGGUAUCGAUUACGACAUCUCAGUCGUGGUAACCAAAGACGAAUGGUACCAUAGUGUGCAUCCCGAGCGCUACGUCCCCACAAUCCGCGACCAAGACGCAGAAACAAAGCAAGACCUUUAUGUUUUCGAGAGCACAGCCUGUUUGCAGUACCUAGCGGAUACGUACGACAAAGAAGGUCUAUGGCAUGGAAAGACGCAGUACGAAAAAGGAAACAUCUUAUCAUGGCUCGCGUACCAAACAGCCGGGCUCGGAGCGACAUCAAAGUACUGGCUGUACUUCUACGCCGUCCACGACGAGAAAUUGCCAAAGGCUAUCGAUAAGCUGUACGCCAAUGUCCUGAAGCAAUGGGACAUUAUGGAAAAGCGCCUAUCCGAACCCGGGCAGACAUACGUUGCGCUAAAGGAUCGCCCUACCGUGGCUGACUUGGCUUACCUGCCUUUUGCCAUGCCGUACAUGUUCGAGUUCAUGCAGGUCAAGAUUGAAGAUUGGCCCCGGAUCAAGGCGUGGUCGGAUCGCAUGUUGAGCCGUCCGGCUGUUCGCAAGAUCCUGGAGUUUGCGCCGACGAUUGGGAAUUAG